AUCGUGAUUGUAUCUCGGUCGUGAGGUAUACUCCGUUUUGUGGCAUCCGCAGGGCCGGACAGCGAGGCCGGAUAGCCCCGUGGCUUCGCGCUUCAGGCGCGUUUGCACCGUUCGAUUUCGGAGCAGAGCCGAGUUACGGAGUCGCGCUUCAAAAGACAGAGGAGGAAAUGACGAGAGUGUAGAGAGUGUAGCUUGAAAGAAAGAAGGUCUUCGACCUUCCCGUUUUGAUUUACAUGUUUUAGAAUUUUAUUUAAAGGCUGAAUAUAUAUCGAUUCGAGGAUUCACGAAGCUUUUGGUCAUUUUCCUCAUCGAUGAUGGUUCGAGUCGCUGGUACGCGUAUCCGGAAUUUGAACAUGGUCGUCCAAGUGGUCUAGGUCUAGGACGAUCGGUCUAACACCUAAGACGGUUAGUGUUUUUAUGACUGGCAGCCGUCGGCGUAGCUCGCCGCUCCAGUUGCGUCUCGAAUUUGCCGAGUUGAAGAAACGUUGGUCGUCCCGCGCCUCGCUCGCCUUGAUCCGAUUGUACACCGAUAACAAAGGACAUUUGUCAUCUUGAUUCCUGACCCUGGAGUACUUUCGUUCGAUUUUGCGUUAGCCAUUUAUGAGCGAUGAAAAUUAAGGAAAGUCAGGUUAUCCUAGGUUAGAUUAUCGUCUCUCGCAGGAAACCUUUCGGUCUCUUAAGUUAUGAAAAAGAAUUGCGAAAAUAUCACGAAUGGCUUCAACGAGUCUAAAUACGAGAAGCAGAUGUAUUACACGUGGUCUAGGACAAACACCUUCAACGGACACGAAUUCAACCGAGUGCGAGUGCGAAUAUCCGACAAUUUGGACGACAAAAAUUGGGAUAGUAUAGUCAAAACACGCAGCAAGGAAGAAUUUCCCGUGAUUUAUAGUUGUGAAGAUUCAAUGUCCGACAGCAGCUCUGUGAAUUUAUGCGACAUUCAGUGUAAACAAUCAGCUAAAAGACCAAUGGAAAAUCAGGAUAUGGAAAUUGAAGAGGCAAGGGGGCCUUCUCCUUUCGUGAUACCGGACAAGGCUAAUGCGAGACAAAGACAGUUCUCAGCUGCGAAUAAAGGAAGCGAAAUGCAUGUAGAGGAAUCGAAGGGCUCAUUAGAUUCAAAUCAGAAGAACAACAUCAGUUCAGAUAAGAAAGACAACAUCAGUUCAGAUAGGAGAGACAACGUCAGUUUAGAUAGGAGAGGUAACGUCAGUUCAGAUAGGAGAGGUAACGUAAGUUCAGAUAGGAGAGACAACAUUCGUUCAAAUAAGAGAGACAACAUCCGAUCGUUUUCUUCGAACUAUCUGUCGAAAAUGUCUUGCUGCAAACGUUUAAUGUUUCUACCAUUGACUGUGAUAGUCGUACUCUCGCUCGCGGUAUACAUGAGUGAGAGUCAGGAUCGCAAACACAGCAGUGAUUUUGCGAGCGCCGUGGUCGAAUUGAAGCGGAUUCAUGGUCAAGAUGCACUAAUAUUCGAUCUGAGCAAAUAUCUUCUGUCUGAUACACCUCGCUUGAAGAUAAUAACCCUCAUUGGUGGUACGGGCGUUGGUAAAUCGUACACGGUGGAGAUCAUAAAGAAAAAUUUCCCGAGGAAAUACUCUAUUCGACAGUAUUUCCCACCAAUCAGGACUGGGUUUGAAUUCAAUAUUCCUUUCUUACAGCCGGGUCUGAUUAUCAUAGAAAACCUGAAGGAACGCGAUUUGAUGGACGUCGCAAAAUUUUUUAAAAGGUAUCAAGACACGUAUAAAGAUAAGCUCAUGACCGUACUGGCGGUUUUUAAUUUUGAUGUAAGUUCAUAUCCAAGUAUAAGGGAAAUAGAGGACAUUUUCAAUGAAUAUAUUAGUAAGGAUAUCAGAUUCUUUUAUUAUCUUCCUUUGGACGAGAACGCCUUAUCGAUGUGCAUUAUGGAUGCAAUAGUGGAGAGCGGGCUAACGCUCUCCGAAAAUAAAUUUGCUGCUGUUAAACGGAGUCUGAUACAAAAUAAUGCCGGUUGUAAAAGGGCCUAUAACAAGGUUCAGAUAUACGGUAGACAAUAAAGAACGAUCGUACGUGGUCCUCAUAAAGACUGAUAAAGUGUUACUGUACUUUCUACGACUGAAUUAACGAACGCCCGACUGUGUAGCACGUAUCUCUUCUCCGCGUAACUGUUUCGAUCACAAUGUGUUACGAUAAUCUUAAGAUUAUAUAGAUAGUUCCUACUCUCUCUCUUGAGCGAAUAUAUUUUCUAAGCAUGAAUAUUUUUUGAAACGCGUUUCUAAUGGGUUAAUUAUUUCGAUAUUUCGAUAAUUUAAAGAGAUCGGAUUGUGCCAAUUUUAUUAAUGAAAGCCAGCUUGAACACGAAUAUGAGUUCACAGUUCGCUCGAGCGCAUGAUGAAAUUUUCGUAUGUAUUACUUCUGGAUUGUGGAUAUCGAAGACGAGCGGUGAUUUUCGCGGAUGAUAAUAUGUGAUGUCAUAUCGCUUACGUCCGGUAAAGCACGUAAUCAGUAUGUAGUUACGCGCGAUUAAGCGAGCUUACAUGAAUUAAGACUCUCGAUACGUAUGUGAUAUCGCGGGCUUUGAAACUUUCUUUCUGUAAUUGCAUUUGGAUUCAUAACGAUUUGUGAGCGAGUAACUUAACAUACGUUAAGUAACGACAUAUUAUAUCCGUACUAUAAAUGUUACGUUGUUACCACUGAUUGCUCUUAUGCAACUGAAAAGUCGCUCGAUUAUAUUUCGCGUUUUUCCUUCCGCCCUCUUAGCUGUAAGUAAUUGUUUCUAGGUAAACGUAAAUCCAAUGUUUUCCAAGACGUGAAAGAAAGAAUUUCUUUCGAUUACGUAUAGUCACCGUUCUAACGGAUAGGAAUAAGUUAAAUAGAAAUAAGUUGAAAAAGAAUUAAGUGCCAAAUUGUAUCUUGAAAAUGCCUUGAAAACUACUUACAGAAUAUUUUACUUAUAUUUUAUGUUAGAAAUCCGAUAAAUCUGAUUAUAGUCAGAAUGGAUUUUAUUUAGUGCCUUUAAUUUGUAUAAAGUCUUCUGAUUUUAGGGUACAAUUCUCUUAGGCCGGUAUUCAUAGUUUUAUAUUUAAGACCGUUUUAAACACAGGCGGGUUUUUUCGAAUUCCCCCUCGGUCCUGAAGGAGAUUAAGUGUCUUCUACUCAAAGGUAAUUUGACACAAACAACUCUAAGUCCAAUAUGUAUAGUUUCAAUCAAUUUCUUUUCCUUUGACCAUUUUCACUAUGCAAUAAUUCUCUUAAACGGAUUAUUAAUCCAUUGGCACUUUAAGCCUUAUAUAGCUUCACUACCCAUUAAAAUUGGCAUUCCACCUCUUAAACGCGAGGUAUAUGUGGGAUGAUUAUUACGUUAUUAUAAUAUUAUAAUAAUAUUAUAAUAUAAUAAGUUUUAAUAUUUCUGUAAAGUAAAAGUUUUCGGGCGUAAAAGUGAAGAGAGAUGGGGAGAAAGCGUUUAAAGUACUGAGUUGCGUGUGACAAUAUCACUGGAGAUUACCCUUAUAUUUAAUGAUUCUUCUACAUGUUGCAAGUUGCGGGCGACGAAUGCGGAAAUGAAUUAAAUAUUUUAUAAAUGACUUUGUACACAUUAGCAUUUUUAGUACUUUUCUAUAAUAUACGAGAUUAUUUAAUCAUCAAGACUUGA